AUGUCAGAUAGUUAUCAAGAAAAGGCAUCUGGUUCAGAUGUCGCCUCCCAUUCUUCUCAAGUUUCAACUUUUGAAGAAGAAAAAUCUAUUGGUGUUGAGAAGGCCGAAUUGUUGGCUGCUGCUUGGGAUAAUAAAUUUUAUUAUAAAAUUAUCUUAUUAUUUUCAUCAUUCUUGGUUGGUUAUGGUUAUGGUUUAGAUGGUCAAACUAGAUACGUUUUUACUGGUUACGCCACUCAAAGUUAUGCUGAACAUUCUUUAUUAAGUACCGUCAACGUCAUUACUGGUGUUGCAGCUGCUGCAUCUCAACCUGUAUAUGCAAGAUUAAGUGAUGUCUUUGGAAGAUUAGAAUUAUUUAUUGUUUCAGUUGUAUUCUAUGUUGUUGGUACUAUUAUUGAAAGUCAAGCUACUAGUGUUCAAAAAUACGCUGGUGGUGCUAUACUUUACCAAAUUGGAUAUUCUGGUGUUAUUUUAGUUCUUUUACUUAUCUUAUCUGAUUUUUCGUCUUUAAGAUGGAGAUUAUUCUAUACUUUUGUUCCAGCUUUCCCAUUUAUUAUUAAUACUUGGAUUUCUGGUAAUGUUACGGCUGCCAUCGGUAUGAAUUGGUCAUGGGGUGUUGGUAUGUGGGCUUUUAUCUUCCCAUUAUGUUGUAUCCCAUUAGUUUGUUGUAUGAUUCACAUGAGAUACCUUGCUGGUAAAACUCCUGAAUGGAAAGUUUUCAAACAAAGAAAGACUAAAUAUCAAGAAUUAGGUCCAAUUGGGUUUGCCAAUUACUUAUUCUGGAAAUUAGAUAUUAUUGGUUUAUUAUUAUUAAUUGUUUGCCUUGCUUGUAUAUUGGUUCCAUUAACUUUAGCUGGUGGUGUUAAAGAUACCUGGAAGAAAGCACAUAUUAUUGUUCCAAUCGUCAUUGGUGGUGUAUUAUUACCAGUUUUUGUUGCUUGGGAAACCUAUGGUGCUAGAUUCCCAUUAGCACCAUGGAAAUUAUUAAAAGAUAGAGGUAUUUGGUCUGCUUUAAUAAUUUCUUUCUUAUUAGAUUUCAUUUCUUCUAUUGAAAGUUCCUAUCUUUACACUGUUUUAAUGGUUGCAGUUAAUGAAUCUCAAAAAUCAGCUACUAGAAUUACUUCUAUAUCAUCAUUUGUUUCGGUCGUUGGUGCUGUUUUCUUUGGUCUUGUUAUUGUUAAAUUUAGAAAAUUGAAAGGAUUUAUUGUUCUUGGUUGUUCUCUUUGGUUAGUUGCCUUUGGUAUUAUGUACUACUAUAGAGGUAACUUAGCUGCACAUUCUGGUAUUAUUGGUGGUUUAGUUGUUCUUGGUCUUGGUACUACCUUCUUCUCAUAUCCAAUUAAUGUUAGUGUUCAAGCUUGUGUUACUCAUGAACAUAUGGCUACUGUUUCUUCAUUAGUUUAUACUACUUAUAGAAUUGGUUAUGCUGCUGGAUCAUCAGUAGCUGGUGCCAUUUGGACUCAAACAUUAUAUUCCAAAUUAUACAAUGCUUUACAAAGUACUGAAUUGGCUACUUCGGUUUACACUCAACCAUAUAUUUUUAUUACUGAAUAUGCUUGGGGUACACCAGUUAGAGAAGCUGUUGUUGAAGUUUAUCGUGAAAUGCAAAGAAUUUUAAUGAUUGCUUGUAUGUGUUUCACAGUUCCAAUGAUUAUUGCUGCAUUAUUCUUAAGAGAUCCUAAAUUAGGCGUAGAUCAAUCCAAUGAUCUUGAAAAAUUAGAUGCCAAUGAAGGUAUUACUGAUUUCUUUAAGUUCAAGAAACUGAAAUUGGAAAAGCAAGAUCAACCAGUUGUUUAA